AUGGAUGAGCUCACGGUAGACGGGCCGGUAGGAGGGUCAAGUGAACAUCAAGUUUUAAUUGCUUGUAAAAACAACGAUCUUAAAUCGUUGAAAAAUCUUGAAUCCAGAAUACUACAAAACUUUAAACCGGCCAGCUGCGACCACGAGAAUCAUACCGCAUUUUACUAUGCUAUCCGAUCAGGAAAUGAUGAACUGCUCAAAACGUUGAUUGAAAUAUGUUCGAGCGAACCAAAUUAUAGUCGGACGAUGGACGAUUUGCUUUCAGGUGCAUACGAAGAUUUAAAGCUAAAACAGAUUCCGCUUACCUGCGAAAUGGAGUAUUCUGUGGUGAAGAAACUGAUUGACUUGCGUUGUCAACCAAUGGCAAAUGAAUCUAAAUCAGGGCUGGAUAAACCUGCACGUCGAAUUGCUAUGCUCAAAAAUCAUCCAGAACAAUUGUUCGAACACUAUUCCUCGGACGAUGUGGAAGUAGAUGGCAAGUUUCUAUACCUGUGCAGGAUCAUCAUGCAGAAUAUUCAGGUUUUACAGGUGGAGAAGUUGGAAUCACCAUGCAAUCUGGUGCCAUGGGAACAACUGAAAUUUCUAUUGUACGCUUUUAAAUCAUCUUGUACUGAAAAGGACGAAAUUAGUUUUGUUUACAAUGCAGUGCUAGAUAAGAAAAGAUUACUGGAACAUUUGAAAAAUAGCUACCAAAUUUUGUGUCUUACUGGCCUACCAGCAAACAAAAGCGAAGGAACAGAGUUUGGUGAGUUGUGUACCGACUAUACACAAAUGAAAGAUAUUUACUCAUUGGAGCGAAUUGCAUACUACAUCAGGCAAGCGCUAACGGACAGCGAGAACAGCUACUUUGCUACCAAGAGAGCUCUGCAGGUCAUGGGAGAAUACGUGAAAGAUAGCAAGGCGACACCGCAUCUAUCGGCCUCAGUGCACAUCACGCUGUUUGAUACUUUUGAUAAGGACUUGAAAAAAUGCAUCGAAAGUCUACGUGAUAAACUGUCACAUGCCGCUAAUAUCUAUGUACUAGAAAAACGUCAAAGUCAGUCUAGGUCAGAUUUCAAGAAUAGUCUGAACAAACUGUUGAGCGUCGUUCAAGAUGUCCUUGUCGAAAGAAAACUUCAAAUGGUAAUGAUGGUACUUAACAAAGUGAUCACCGGAUCGAUGCGGCAGAGCGAGUUAGCUCGAAUUAUAAAAUACUCUGUACUCGAGAUGCUAAUGCUGGAUAUAUUAACCUACAUGGAAGCAAACUUGUCUCUGUUCGAUUCCGGUGCUCGUAGUGUCAUAUCUUGCCUGGACCGAAAUGCACCAUUGUUAAUUGCCAAACAGAUGCGCAAUCAUUUGGCGCACGGCAAUGUGCUGUUUCAAAUUUUACCAACCGCUCCUUCACUGGCACUGAUUGGCAAUGCUCGUAAAAUCAUGGAACUCAAACCGAAGGAUCUCAAACCCGGUGGUGGCAAAAUUACUCAACCUUUAAAACCGUUCGACGAAUGGGAAAAAGACGUCAUGAAAUGCCUGGCUGCACUUGAUAAUCAGCAAAACAUGUUCACAAAUGCCGAACAGGGUAAUCUCGAAGAAGUCCUGAAAUGCAUCGAAAACGGGGCAGACAAAACCGCAAGAGAUUUCAAACUGUGGAACAUCCUUCACUAUGCGGCCAAAGGCGGUAGGGCAAAUAUUUUCGAACAUUUCGAAGACGACGACCGACCGGUCCACUUCCUUGAGUCCAAAGACCGGGACGGAAACCGACCAAUACACAUCGCAGCUCAAUUUGGACACGGCCACCUCUUAGAAUUUUUCGUACCAUAUGAUUUGAUUGAAGUAAAACAGAACGACGGUUGCACGCCGAUGCACGUCGCAGCCCAAAACAAGCACCCGAAUCUUGUAGAGAAUUUAGUGAAAAAAGGUGCAAAAAUUGAUACUCCUACAAACGACGGAUGGCUGCCCAUACAUUUUGCAGCACAAAACGGUGCUGUCGAGGUGAUUAAAACUUUGCUAAACGAAUGUGCCGAUUUGAAAAAAUAUGUCAAUGCUAAGGACAAUUACGAAUGGGCCCCCUUGCAUCUGGCAGUGCUCGGUGAAUGGACCUCAGCGGUCAGUGUUUUAUUAAAGAAUGGAGCGGAAAUUAACGAUACAGGACCGGACACUUGGACCAGUUUACAUCUGGCAGUCCACAAUGGACACGGCGAGAUGAUCAAAAUUCUAUUGGAAAAUAAUGCUGAUAUUAAUGCUACGAUAGACGAACAUUUUACUGCAUUGCACGUCGCUGCACAAAACGGGCACACGGAAGUGGUUACUAUUUUGUUGAAUCUGGGAGCCUAUAAUAAAGCGGCGGAAAGUUCCAAUUUCACCCCACUGUGUUUCGCAGCCCAAAAUGGGCACGCAGAAGUGGUACGACUUUUAUUGGACAAAGAUCCUGAACAAAUCAAUAGUGUGACAGCAUUCCGAUCCGCAGUAAAAAACGGUCACGAAACAGUGGUAACUAUUAUGAUAGGAGAUGGCGCUGAUUUUAACGCUCUCGAAAACGACAAAUCCACAGCAUUGCACGUUGCAGCAGAAAAUGGCCAAGAAGGAGUGGUUCGGAUUUUGCUGGACAACAAGGCUCUCGUCGAUGCUGAAACAGAUGAUGGAACAACACCUUUAUAUUUGGCAGCUCUAAAUGGACAUUGCGGAGUUGUCGAAUUCUUACUAAGCAAACAAGCUAAAGUAGAUGUUUCGAGAACUAAUAAUUACACGGCAUUAUCAGCUGCUGUAGAAGAUGGGCACGAAGAUGUGGUAGAAGUAUUGUUGAAAAAUAAAGCCUCCGUUGAUGCUGUUCAUCUUGUUCCAGCUUUGCACUUUGCCGUAGCAAGAGGGUACAAGGUUGUAAUCAAAUAUUUGUUGGAAAAAGGAGCUGAUAUCGAGUCUAAGUAUAUUAUGAAUAACACACCGCUGCACUACGCAUUAAUGUAUCGUCAAACAGCAGUCGUUAAAAUGUUGUUAGAGAAUAAAGCCAAUGUAAAUGCAGUAAACGACAAGCAUUUUUCCCCAUUGUUCAUCGCAAUCAGACACCGUCUAACAGAAGUCGUUACAGAUUUACUGAACCGUGGCGCCGAUGUCAACGCCCGGCUACCGGACAAUUCCACACCAUUGCACUACGCAGCGUUUCUAGGUUAUACAGAUGGCGUCGUGGCUUUGCUGAAUGGAAAAGCCGAUAUUGAAGCAAUAAAUUGUGAUGAAUACACUCCAUUGCAUGUAGCUACCCAGUAUAAGCACAUCGAAGUUGUAGAAUUAUUACUGAACCGUGAUGCUAACGUUAAUUCAGAAACAAUAAACAAACGCACUCCACUGCAUGUGGCAGCAGGAUACGAUUUCAAAGAAGUGGUCGACAUGUUGCUGGAUAAGGGGGCUGAAAUAAAUGCGAAGGAUAAACAUAAAUGGACAGCACUCAACAUCGCCCAGCACUAUGGUCACAUAGAGGUAAUGUCUAAAUUACUAGAAAAAAAUGCUGACCGCAGUACAAAGAGCAAACUUACACAGACACCGUUCGGCUUCGACGAUGAACAAAACCAUGGAAUCAGGUUCACGUCGCGAAAAAAAAUGUGA